UCUCUCUUUCCUAAUUCUCUUUUCACAUCCAAACACAGAUUUCAAUUGAGAAACCCUAAUCCCUUUCCCCACUGUCCACACGACACUCCAAAAUUCAGUCUCGUUGAUUCAAUCCCAUUUCCCGGCCACAGCGACCGCUUCACCGGAAACCAAAUCCAUCUCCGCCGCCGGAUUCCUUUUCCGGCGUGCUCCCUUUCAAGUUUCGUUUCGAUCUCCUCCGCCGUGUCUUCACAUUGCCGUAGCUCGUCUCUCUUCUUUCUCUUUUGUUUGGUGGGAUGCAUCCAAAAGUAUACCAGACUCGUAGCUCUACUGCUAUAGAUCGAGGAGCUGCAGACCGAGGAAAAUACAUAGUCUGGACAAGUGAAAUGGACAAUUGCCUGACUGAUGUGCUUGCAGAGCAGGUGGAAAAGGGGAAUAAAGUGGAUAACAUCUUAAAGCCGGCAGCAUUUGCCGCUGCACUGAAAGCAUUAAAUGAAAAGUUUGGUAUGCAUAUGACAAAAGGACACAUAAAAAAUCGGCUGAAGACUUGGAGGAAGCAGUUUGGGGUUUUGAAGGAACUCAUUUCCCAUAGGGGAUUUGUUUGGAAUAAGACACAAAAGAUGGUUGUGGCCAACGAUUCUGUGUGGAAUGACUACAUCAAGGAGCACCCUGAUGCCAAGAUUUUCCGAGCAAAGUCCAUUGAAAACUAUGAUAAAUUAUGUAUAAUUCUUGAAAGUGAUCAAUCAAUUGCAAGAAUUUCUGACAAUGUUACUGAAAUUGAUGUAAACUUCACAGUUGAUGACGAGGAGCCAGAUCUUGUCAUUUUAUCUGAAACACAAACUGAUGGAAACCUGUCUAAGCACCUCAGAUGGACAGAGGAAAUGGAUCACUGGCUUGGAAAGAUUCUCGUAGAUCAAGUGAGGAAAGGGCUUAAAAUAGAUAAUGUCUUUCAGACAGAAGCAUAUGACAAAGCUGUUUCCGCCAUGAAUGCAAAAUUUGGGCAUCAUCUAACAAAAUUUCACAUUAAAAAUCGUCUUAAAACAUGGAAGAAACAGUAUGAAAUAGCAAAGGAAAUUCUGUGUCAUGCUGGAUUUAAAUGGGACGAAACAAAGAAAAUGAUCAUUGCAAAUGAUUCAACAUGGAUUGACUACAUCCGGACACAUCCAGAUGCAAGGACUUACCGUGCUAGGGUCCUGGAGAACUAUGAGCAGUUCUGCACUAUCUUUGGCCAUUUCAACGAGCCUUUGCAUCGCAAUGAUUCUGUGCCUUGUGAUGAGCCUUUUGAAUUUGAAAGUGUCUGUCCUGUAAAUUAUGAUAGCAAUCUUAAAGAUGUAAUGAAGCAUAUGAGGUGGACAAGUGAUAUGGACAGCUGUUUAAGUGAGAUUCUCGUGCAGCAAAUUAAACUUGGUAACAGAAGCAGGUUUGACCACAAAUUAAGACCUGCUGCAUUGGAAGCUGCUGUGCUAGCUAUUAAUGAAAAGUUUAAGCUUUACAUGUCAAAAGAUCAUAUUAAAAACCGUCUUAAAACAUGGAAGAAACAAUAUGAUAUCCUGAAAGAACUUCUGGGCAAGAGUGGCUUUGAAUGGGAUGAGAACCGAAAAAUGGUCAUUGCAGAUGAUUCUGUAUGGAAUGAAUAUAUUAAGAUAAAUCCUGAUGUUCGAAUUCUUAAAGGACGAGUCAUCAGAAACUAUGAGGAGCUGUGCAUAAUCAUUGGUCACAUUGAUCCACCAGGUAUGAUCACUGCUCGUGCUAAGAUGGGUAUGCUUACAGAUGAUAAUGUUGUGGAAGCUCAAGAGACAAAUUACCAUGGAACUGACAAUACAACAGAAAAAGGAAAGAGUGUGACAUGGACUGAUGAAAUGGAUCUUUGCUUGACAGAGCUGCUUGUCAAGCAAGUGAUGUUGGGAAAUAAGCUUGAGAAAAAUUUCAAGACCUCAGCUUACAUAGCUACUCUAGCAGUUCUAAAUGAGAGAUUUGACCUGAAUUUAACAAUAGAAAACAUUAAAAGCCGAUUAAGAACAUGGAAGAAGCAGUAUGUCCUUAUGAAGGAAAUGCUUUCUCGUGGGGGAUUUGAGUGGGAUGAAGGACGUAAGAUGGUUGUUGCAACUGAUUCAACAUGGAAUGAAUACAUUAAGAAACAUCGAGAUGCUAGGAAUCUGCGAGACAAACGAAUAGAGAACUACAACGAGUUAGGUUUGAUUGUUGGCAACGAGGAAGCUAGUGGAAAUUGGUCGGAAGACACUGAGAUGUUUGAUGUGAACCUUGCUCCUAACUUUGUAGAGAAUGCGGAUGUAAAUCUUACUCCUAACUUUGAAGAGCACACUGGUGUAAAUCUCACUUCUCACUUUGAAGAGCAUGCUGAAACUCCAACACCGAUGUCAGCGAAUGAAGAGGAGAUGAGCCAUGAUAAUGCAAGUGAUGAAGUGGAGGGUUCAUCCGAGCAAACAGGGGCAAGGCCUUCGUCAUCACAUUCAAAGCAGCCAUCAAAGCGGAGACGCACCGAUGAUGUGAUGCUACAAAUGAUGAAUGUUAUGGCUACUGAUAUCGGCCGGAUAGCCGAUGCAUUGACCGAAAGAAACAAAACUGCGUGCUUGGAGGAAGUGGUUGAAAAGGUGCAGAAUAUUCCUGACUUUGAUGAUGAUCUCAUUAUUGAAGCUUGUGAAUAUUUAUGUUUCGAUGAGAAGAGAGGAUUGAUGUUUUUGAAUUUAAAAGAGAGAUUGAGAAAAAAGUGGUUGUUGAAAUGUUUGCGUGGUUAAACAGGUCAUUGUAUUAUUUCAUCUUGGCAUUUGUAGUAUCCCCUUUUAGUCUGUUUCAUUCUAUAUAGAAACCAAAACUGCUUCGAAAGGGGAAACAUUUGUGUAAAGUCAAGCUGUUUCAGCACCUAAUUCCUUGGAUCUUUGUAUCGUAGGUAAAUGUGUAUAUUUUGAAGCUUUUAAAGUGAAUCUGAAAGCUUGUUCUGCAUUUGUUUUAGGGUGAAGGAAAAAAUAUAUAUCAUUUCAAAA